AUGAUGUUCCAGCCCACCAUCUUCUUCGCCGCCAUCCUCGGCCUCGCGACCGCAGCACCCGCCCCUGCCACCGCAAGCGAGUCUACCCCCGAGCUUGUGAGCCGCGCCCCGGCCUCCGAAUUCGUGAGCUGGUCCAACGGCGAUUGCACUGGCACCGGAAUUCGCAAGAGCAUCACGGACAGUGGCUGCUACGGGCUGCCCGGCCAGAGCAUCAGCAUUCUCUCCCUUAGCCCCAACUGCGCUGUCCGAACCUGGCAGAACGACAACUGCAGUGGUGCUUGGUCCCAGCACGUCACCCUUGGUGCUUGCUUCGACAUUGGCGACAAGUUUGGCGUCUCCAUUGUCUGCUAG